AUGCGAAUCUUCAAUGGCCUUUGCUUUGCUGUUCUAGCGCAGCAGCUUCUGGCGUUGGUUCCCUCCGAACAUCCGGUGAAGGGCGGCGACGUUUGCCUGGGUGGUAGCCAGUAUUCCAAUGCAACACCUUCCUUGCGGUUCUGCAACUGCCAGGGUGGGCUUGGAUGCCCAUCACAGGUGUUGUUAACACUUUUUGGUGUAGCCGCUGGUCCGGAACCUUGGAUGCAUGCGAACAGCACGGAGAUCAACGUUUCAGAGGAGCUGUGGUCUUCCCGUCGCUUUCACAAUCAGGAGGACACAUCCGAGUUUUCAGAGACGAGUGGUGUGUCGUCGUAUCUGCUCAUCUCGGAGGGUAUGGGUCUUGGAACUUUUGCGUCGGGGGUGUAUGCUGCUCUCUCCGGCUAUGUUGGCAGGUCUGGAGCAUACCCGCUGAACCUGAUGCAUUUCGUGUCGAGCUCACGUGGGACAGGGUUCCAAACUUCUGAAAUUUCUCAAAUUCGCACCUGCAUCAACUACGAAGAGAGACCUCCUGCUGCUGCCGGAGACGGAGACGAUUCUGAGGAUUCUGACGGCAGUGAUGACGGUGAUGAUGGGUCUGACACGGAAACCGAUAUCAGUACCACUACUACGACAUCUCUGGCGCUUUACGAGCCCCCGACGGAGGUUUUUUGUGGCCGGGAGCUUGCAACCAGCCCCAGCAGAGUGAAGCUGAACAUUUACGGAUAUACCUGGGGGAGCAAGUGGGCAACCGACACCAGCGGCCAAGAGUAUUUCUUCUACCGCGUGCGCCUUUGUUUUAGCAGGAUCCAAGACUGGUACAUCAAUCAAGCACGCCGUGGGGAAGGCAUACUGGGCACAGGGCAGGAAGUGGAGGUUUUGGAUUUUCAGCAGGAGCUCGCACCAGCGACUUUGCACUGUGUGUCAUGUGGGAGCGACGCCCUCCUGUGCACUGAUGCAGUUAUAAGUGCUUGGCCACGUGCAUGUUGA